GCACAUCCCGCGAGCUGCCGCCCGACGCGCAGACGGCCCGGGGAGCGAGCGGGCGAACGGGCGAGAGCGGGCGGGAGGGCGCGGAGCAGCGGCGGGGGCCGAAGCCCGGCGCGGGAGGCACCGGGCGCGCCGGCCGGGCCGCAGGGAGAGCCGGCGGGGCGCGCCGCGGCCCCGGCCCCGCGCGCGCCCAUGACGGCGGCCGUGCUCCGGGAGGGCGUGCUGGAGAAGCGCAGCGGCGGGCUGCUGCAGCAGUGGAAGCGCAAGCGCUGCGUGCUCACCGAGCGCGGGCUGCAGCUCUUCGAGGCCAAGGGCGCGGGCGGCCGGCCCAAGGAGCUCAGCUUCGCCCGCAUCAAAGCCGUGGAGUGCGUGGAGAGCACCGGGCGCCACAUCUACUUCACGCUGGUGACCGAGGGCGGCGGCGAGAUCGACUUCCGCUGCCCGCCCGAGGACCCCGGCUGGAACGCGCAGAUCACCCUGGGCCUGGUCAAGUUCAAGAACCAGCAGGCCAUCCAGACCGUGCGCGCCCGGCAGAGCCUCGGGACCGGGACCCUCGUGUCUUAGACCGCAGGCUAACGUCUUCACUUCCCGCGGCCAUGGACGCGGUGUCGUGGGUCGUGUCAGCUUCCAUGCCCCCUUUGGCUCGUGGGGCGUGACUGUGCUCCAUUUGGUGAGGCAGAGGCCGUGGACGCGUGGAGGAGGCGUUGGAGCGUAAGGGGCGGCCGGGGCCGGGGAGCAGGUCAAAGGCCCCGAGGGGCUGAGGAUGAAGAUCCAGCCCCUGGGUACUCAGACUCUCAGGAUGUACCGGCUCAGGACCUUCCGGCCACCGGCCUGGCCUCCGAGAUUGUGAUGGGGAGCUGGCAUCCAAGCCCCCUCCCGCCACGGCCCUGCGUCUCUUCUGCAGACGGCUAAUCAGCAGCCCCCCCCCCCACCCCGGCUUGGUGCCGUGCCUGGAGGAAGGCAGUCCCCCGGGGGCGCUGAGCCAGCGCCCCAGGACUCGGGAGGCCAGGCUGGCGCUCAGAAGAGGAACCACCUGGGCUCGCCUCUGGAUUUACUUUGGCGGGGGUAGCUGAUGGGUCUGAGGCCCACACCUGGGGGUCAUCUGCUGCUUGGGUCCUUCUGGGACCCCCACCCAUCCAGGCCUCUCUUUGCACAGUUCUUCCCCCUUCCUGCCCCUCUUCCCCCACUGCGGUACUAGGCCUGGAGGUGGCGGGGUGGUUGGGGGGUCAGCCGUUACCAUUUCACACCUGUCCACAAAUGCAGACGCCCUGCAAAGGGCAGUGACCACA